AUGAGGAGAAAAGAAGUAGAGAAGGAAGUGACUGUACCAUCAGCACAUGCCCUGGUGAGGCGGUGUCGCGGAGUCUGGGCAGGAGCUCGCCAGGUUCUCCUGAGGAGUGCUGCUCGCAUGAAGAAGGCAGCAGAUCGACAUCGUCGUCCGGCAUCUGCCUACAGACCCGGGCAGAAGGUUUGGCUGUCUACAAGAGAUCUACCCCUAUGUGUGGCCUCCAGGAAGCUGGCUCCGAGGUUUGUGGGUCCGUUUCCCAUAACUAAAGUUAUUAACCCGGUGGCUGUUCGCCUGCCCAUGUCCCUGAGAGUUCAUCCUACCUUUCAUGUUGCCAAAAUCAAACCGGUUCGUGAGAGUCGUUUGGUUCCUCCAUCCAAGCCCCCUCCUCCCCCCCGGAUAUUAGACGGCGGUCUGAUCUACAACGUCAAGAAACUGCUAGCAGUCAGGAAGAGAGGACGUGGCCGACAGUUCCUUGUAGACUGGAAAGGAUACGGUCCAGAACAUCGGUCGUGGGUACCAGCAAGCUUCGUUGUGGAUCAGAGGCUGACAAAUGACUUUUUCAGGCUAAAUCCACAGGACUCUGGGCCGUCCGGAGUCGGCCGUAGAGGGGGGGGUACUGUUGUGUCUCGUCAGAUUUGCUAGUAUUAUUUCUCUGUUUAGUUUAUAUUGUCAAGUCCGC